AUGCAGCAGUGGCUGGAAAGAGAUGAACAGAAAAUGUUAAAGGAUGGAUAUCUGGCUUACUCAGGAUCCUAUUCCUGGCUGGGCUACUCAGACCAGCAGUUAAAACAGUUGCACACAUAGGCCUUGAGAGAAGGCUGGAUAAUGUACAAAGUAAAAGUGGGUGCUUAUCUACAGGAUGAUAUUUACAGAUUGAGAUCUACACAGGAAAUGAUUGAAAUUCAAGUCUGCAGGAGAACCCCACUACCAGGAUUGUCUUCUAGAAGAUUUAAAAUGGUUUUUAUAUCCAGGGAGGCUUCCAGAAUGCUGAAUGCAAAGCAAAAAUGAGAAAUAAAGGAAGCAAUAGAGUGGGUCACUGAACCAGCUGAGUUUAAACCCUCAUGUAUUAAGGAGCCAACUUCUCCAGAUGAGGAUAUGUAUAUCCAGAUGGGACAUGCAUCUGUUUCAAAGCUUGGGGCCUUAACAGUGCUAGGAAUUGGUGCAGCAACCAAAGAACACUGCCACAACAGAGUGAUAUUUAAACAUCUUCUACAAGCCAAGGCCUUGAGGUGCCUUCAAAUUGACAGCUGCAGGCUGGGAAGUGUGAAUGAAAGCUUGUCUGUGCUGCUGAUGGCCAAAAAGUUCUAG